AUGUCGUCUUCAUCAGUCGCAUCUUUAAAUACCAAUUCCUUAUCCGAUACAUCUUCCCACCACCAAAAUCACUAUCACAACCACACCUCAACGUCAUCCCAUAGAGUGAUCGUUGUAGGCUCUGGGCUCGCAGGACUCACAGCGUCCACAGAGCUCAUUUCACGAGAUAUCCCAGUUCACAUCCUCGAACGACAAGCCAAGCCCGGCGGUAACAGUAUCAAAGCCUCCAGCGGCAUCAAUGGUGUACCGACUCGCUAUCAAAUCCCAGGAUCCGACUCCAUAGAGAAUUUCUACAGCGAUACACUGAAAUCUGCUGGCGAGAAGCUCCUCAGUGACAAGACAACCGGCGAGACGCGUGAGAAAAUCAUCUCCACACUGACAUACUCAUCACAAUCAGCUAUCAAUUGGCUAGUUGACGAGCAAGGUAUCGAUCUCUCUAAGGUUGCCCAGUUGGGUGGCCACUCGAAAGCCAGAACCCAUCGCGGUACCGGCAACACACCCCCUGGUGCGAGCAUCGUGCUAACUCUCCUGAAGAAGUUAAAAGAGAGUCCGUUAGUGAAGCUCGACACUGGCGUCACGGUGACAGAAGUGUUGAAGCGUGAUGAAAGAGUCGUGGGUGUCAAGGUUAGGCGAGAAGGCGCUGCGGCUGAUGCGGUGGAAGAGACCGAGACGAUCGAUGGUCCCGUCAUCUUUGCAUCGGGCGGCUUCGCGGGCGACUCGCAAGGUUAUCUGAAAAGGUUCAGGCCAGAUCUUGCGGGAUUCCCGAGCACAAAUGAGGCGUUGCCUGGUAGUCAGGGAUUGUUGACCGAUGUUGGCGCUCAGUUGCUUGACAUGGAUCAGGUCCAGGUCCAUCCAACCGGUUUUGUAGAUCCGAAUGAUAGAUUCAAGACGACGAAGUUCCUCGCUGCCGAGGUUCUCAGGGGAGAAGGUGGCAUCUUGCUAGACAGCACCGGCAAGCGCUUCAUCGACGAGUUGCAGACACGGAAGGUCGUCACAGACACAAUUACCCAGAAGACGGAACCGAGCGAGAUCGAACCCCUAAAGCAAUGGGGGAUCACACUUGUAUUAGAAGAAGGCGUCUAUCAAGCUGCGAAAAGUCAUAUCGAUUUUUAUAUCUGGAAGGGUCUCAUGAGGAAGGCGACGAUCGGCGAGCUUGGAGACAUGAGCAACACGGCUUUAGCAACCAUCAAGCAGUAUGCCCGCAUCGCCGCUGGCACCACACAAGACCCGUUAGGCCGCACCUCGUUCGGGCACUGGGCGCUCGAGAACCCGACCGAGUCCUCGACCAUCUACAUCGGCACAGUGACGCCCGUCGUGCACUACACGAUGGGCGGCGUGGGCUUCAACACCGAAGCUGAGGUGCUGAACGCCCGCAACCGACCCAUCACGGGACUCUGGGCCGCCGGCGAGAUCACUGGUGGUCUGCAUGGCGCGAAUCGUCUGGGUGGCAGCUCUCUACUGGAGUGUGUUGUCUUCGGUCGCAUUGCGGCCGCCAAUGCGGCGAGAUAUGUCGAGGACAGAGAUCGUGAUACGCCCAUAGAAGACGGUGAUUGUUGUUGGGAAAGUCGUUGA